ACGCCAAGAUACAUCUUACACUGAAUACUAUAGUCAUGGUUUCCCAAUCUUUUAUUAUUGUCCUUACACUACUGGGACAAAUAUUAACGUGUAAUUCUCACCCAGUCGAUAGUUUUGAAUCAGAUCCUGAGGAAUUUGGAGAUUAUUUUGAAGGCGACAUGGAUUUAGAUGAUAUUCAAAGGAUUGCUCUCGAAAAUCAGGAUCAUCGGAAUGGCGUAGUGAAUGAAUCUUACAAUUGGCCAAAUAAUACGGUUUAUUAUGAAAUCAGUGAUGUUUUCGAUGACGAACAUCGUAACUACAUCCUCAAAGGCAUCAGCCAUAUAGAAGCAGCUUCAUGUUUGAGGUUUUAUCCGAAGGACGAAUCAACGCCAGACUAUAUUUUCAUCAUCGGCGAAAACACCGGAUGCCAUACAAAGGUCGGAUAUCGUGGAGGUGAACAGACAUUGAACUUACAAAUUUACCAACUCGAGGCCGGUUGUUUCCGCAUUGGAACAAUUAUGCAUGAGAUUCUCCACGCUUUGGGUUUUCAUCAUCAACACAACACUCCGGAUCGCGAUGUCUAUAUAACGAUUGUUCCUGAAAACAUUAGAACGGGGAAGGAGCGUAACUUCAAAAAGAAUCUGGCAACUGAUGUCACUGACUAUGGAGUUCAAUACGAUUACGCAAGUGUCAUGCAUUACAGGCCAACAGCCUACAGUAGAAAUCAUAAUCCAACUAUUAUCCCGAAAGAUCCAGAUGCAACAAUCGGACAGAGGUUGGAAUUGAGUGAAGGCGACAUUUGGAAGUUGAAUAGGAAGUAUAAUUGUACGGAUGAAAUUUUAGAUUGACUAGUUUGUAAUAAAUUUUAAUUAAAACGUUGAUUUUCUUAUCAA